UACAGGCAGUUGGAGAGGGCACCGUCUUACUGUACCUUGUCCUGCAGUCUCUUGAAACAGGCGAUUCCCAGGGAGAGGAUGGAGCGGGAGCGGGCCGCCUGGCAUAUGGCUCUGUACCGGUCCUCUAUCGAUCUGAAACAUGACAGCGAGGUGUCAGGACCAUUUUGAGCAGAGCCAGUUUGAGGAGAUAGCGAGGUCUCCGGCCGGGGGAAAGAAGUUGAAGCCCAAUGCCAUCCCCACUCUGUUCACCAUCGGAGACCCUCCUUACCCAGCGGUGACCAUUCCGUACAUCCUGCUGCCCAUGAAACCCGAACCAGUGGAGAAGGAGCUGAACUUUGGGGACCAUGGCUAUGCCAGACGCACCCCACUGCCCGGCCUGGAGGAGGAGGAGGAGGAUGCCGACUGGACCGCAGAGGACCAGCAGCACUGCACACAGUGUCAUCUCCUCAAGAAGCAGCUGGAGCAGGAGAUGCAGCACACCGCGAGGCUGCAGAAGGAGGCAGAAGAGAUGAAGAAGCGCCUGUACCGGCUCGACCGGAUCGAGAAGGGUCUCCAGAACUUUCUGUACGAGGACCAGAUUCGCGCCCUGUCCCUCACCAAACGCUCCCGUCGCGCCGUCUGGUCUCCGGAGACAAUCCUGAAGGCCCGGAAGAUCCGCUGCGCGGUUGGCACCAAAGGCUACGAGUACCUGAGGGAGCUGGGGUACCCGUUGCCCUCCUACAGGACCCUCUGCAACCGCCUGGAGACGAAGAUCAUGGUGACCACUGACAUGAGCUGUGAGGAGCUGGCCGAGCUGAGCCUGGGCCUCAUGGCCACCUGUAACAGUCCCGCUGACGUCGCCGUUGGGGACGACGACGAUGAGGAAGAGGAGGAGAAGCAACUCAGAGGAGUGUUGUCCUGAUCGCGGCACUGAGCUUUUGACUUGCUGACUCUGACCGAGAGGAGGAUGCGCAGAAUCUUCGGCGCGUUAACUCUUCUGAUCCCGUGAUCUGCGCCGCUUAAGACACGGGUGACUGUGGCUCAGUGGGGAGCAGGGUCGUCCUUCCAUCAGAGGAUCGGCGGUUCGACCCCCGGCUCCGCUAGCCCAUGUCGAUGUGUCCUUGGGCAAGACACUUAACCCCAGAAUUGCCUCUGUAGCUGUGCCUACGGUGUAUGAAUGUGUGUGAAUGUUAAUUAGUCCUGAUGUGCAGGUGGAACCUUAGCCCCUCCCAUCAGUGUAUGAAUGGGUGAAUGAUGUCAUGUAGUGUUAAAGCGCUUUGAGUGGUCAGAAGACUAGCCAAGCGCUUAAAGUACAGGUCCAUGUACAUGGCUUCGCUCAACUCGUGUGAGGUGCCGGGGCCCCUCCCCGUGUCAGCCAGGCAUCGUGAUCGCGGCGCUUGUCACCAGGACGAAGAUGCUGAGCUAAAGUGAGAUGUGGGCUGUGACCAAGAAGGCCGCCAUGGAGUGAGGACAUAGUUACUAUGUUUGUCUCAUUAAACGUGUUUUAAAGUGACAGUGUUUACAUGCCCAAUAAAACUGAUAGGAUUCUACUACUACUACCUACUACUCAAAUGUACUGAGCGCAAAUCAACGUGUGUGUGUGUGUGUGUGUGUGUGUGACAAAGGUCCUCAGGCUGGUCACAUGACAUUCAGUAUCCAAAACAACAUUGUCUCUUACACUUAUGAGCAAAAUGAUUUGUAAAGAAUUACCCACCAUUUUUUCCCCAUAAAUUGGACUCACGGACUUUGAGGCGUCCGUGAGUCCGGGUCGAAUCCCCGAGUGUUCGAGAGCUCUCUAGCAGACGUUUUGAGCCCUUUAUGAACCCUUUCCAUAACUCAGCGUCAGAUGCAGGCUUUGCUCAAGGGAAUUACUCACAAUUCAUAGUCAUGCGACGUACGCAUGUACUCAGAAACAUCAAGGAUUAAAGAUGGGGACAUUAAAACACAUGGAAAUCAGUGGAUAUUUAUUAAAGUAUUCAUCAAAUAUUUUGUUUUGACAAAAAACGAGUAACUCGAUCAUUUGAAAAGAGCCUGUGAGAUGAUCAGGUCAGGGAGUAAAGAGUGCAACAUUAAAGUGUAACAUGGUAUUUGCUCCAUGUCAAACCCUCUCACUCAGCCACUUACCAGAGGGCAUCAGUAAGUCCCUGAGAGUUCAGGGUUCGAGGCCUCAUGGGGGGACAUCGGUAUGGGGCCUUACUUUGGGCCCCUGGUUGGACUUUGAGCAAAUCCCCCGCAUGACAGAUUAGAUAUCGGCUUGUGACCUGAGCUGA